UAUUAUAAGUUACAAAUAUUUUCUUGCAGUAUUUUUGAUCUAUAAAAAACCGUUGAUUGAAUGUUUGUUGAAUUUAUACCAAUUUGAUUUAAUUUAUUUAUUGCCAACAACAGUGAGAGAGAUGUAACGUACGGUCGUUCAACGUACGUACAUACACACGCAUACACAGACAUCUCUGAAAACCUCUUAUUUAGGUUCUAGGGACUUUGAAACGUCGAGAAUUGUUAAAAUUUUCAAUUCGAUAAACACUCUUAUUUCCUAUUCAGUCCACAUUCAUAGGACAUACCAUUUUAUAGACGAAAUAGGAAUUCUUUUAUUUGAUAUCUACACCUACAUGUAUGGUGUAAAAUGUGUGUACAAAUGGUUCUUUGCCAAGUAGUUAUUUUAAUAUAAUUUUUUUAUAAAAGAAGAUAUAAUCUUUAAUCUUAACUCAAAGCUGAUAUUUACUCGUAAUAGCAUUCGUAUUUAAUAUCAUUAGGAAGUCAGAAAUAGUUUCUUGCAAUAUAAGGCUGAUAUAUUUGAAUCAUCCUUUGGUUUUUUGUAAUUGAUGUUUAAUUUUAUUACAAUUUAGUUGAGUGUCAUGUUUCCACAGAACAAGUUCAUUUUACUCUGCAAGUUGUUCUGUUUAGCUCCAAUAUCAAAUAGUUCAAAUGUUCAACGUAUUUUAAGUGCUUAUUGUUUAAUUACAGUAAUUUGUUUAAUUGUAGUAACCGCGUUUAGUUUUUCAAUAGACAUCUUUGGUGAAGGAUUUGUUGUAUCUAGUUUAGCAACAUCAGCGGUAUUCGUUUCAGGAAUCGUUGGGCAUAUCACUGUUGUCUUAGAGUCAUUGUUGAAAAAAAAGGAACAUGAAUAUUUCUUUGCCAAACUUUAUGAGCUCGAAUACAUUUUUCGAUUUAAACUGGGGCAUAGGAUUCAAGUUCGGAGCGAUCGAAAACAUAUUUUAAGAAAAUAUUCCAAAUUGUCAGUUGUUAUUAUCAUUUGUUUUGGGGCUUAUAUAACCAUCAUCUCUACUCAUGAUUAUCUUGGGUACUUUUGGCUUGCAAGUGUUUCAGUAGUUGUUAACAGGAUGAGAUUAAUACAAGCCUGCGUCUAUGUUGACUUUAUUAAUUUUCGAUUUGACAGUAUGAAUUUGCUUUUAAAACAAGUUUCAAACAGCAUCGUCCAACACAAUCUGAGAAUUCCUGACAUAGAUUAUGAAAUAAUAGACAACACGGAAAGAAUAUUUGUAUUGAAAACUAUCUACACUAGACUGAAUAAAUUAGUGCUUUGUUUGAAUGAAGCUUUUGGUUGGUCAAUUGUAACAUUAACCGUUUAUUAUAGCUUGGACAUAACGUGCAAUUUGUACUGGUUAUUUUUGGGAUUUGAAGACAUUUUAGACAACUUCCAUAUCUACGAAUGUUGCGUUACAAUAUUCCCGAUAGCACUUUUACUCUUUGCCUUAAGCCAUACUUGCUGUAAGUGCGAGAAAAAGGGUGAUGUUGCUAGGCAACUUGUUCAACAAAUAUUGGUCUCUUCAACUUUCGAUCACACCAACUAUUUAUUGGAUGCAUUUUUGCUUCAAAUUAAUAAUCAGCCUAUUGUGUUUCAUGCUAAACAUUUUUUUAAUGUAAACGCAAAACUUUUGCCAAACAUUUUAUCAUCAAUGCUGGCGUUCUUGGUUAUAUUGAUACAAUUUCAGUUGACCAAAAAUGAACUAUAAUUUGUGUUUUGUCCACUGAUUUUUGAUAAUAAAAACAAAUCUCAAUAAA